AAACCAUCCAAUUGGAAGGCAGCUUCCAGUUGCCUUGGCCAAUCAGAAGUAAAGACAGCCAAGUCCCGCCUUCCGCUUAAUUAAACCCACACCAGCGUGGCGGAGGUGUUUGGAGUCUGCGGGCCGAGCAAGCAGACAGAACCCCGGGAGCCAGCUCGCAACUUUCUAGGCCACCGCAUCCCGCUGCGGCCCGCACGAAAACAACUGAAAAUUCUUUUGAAUUUGACUAGAAAAGCCCGUAGUCGGUGCUUUGUUGACGUGCUCUUUUUUUUCUCCCCCUCCCUCGUGGAAGGUGUCUGCUUCCUUGUUCGCCAGCGAGCUCCAAACAUCUCCACAUCCUCACAAAGAAACUUUGCUUGCUAGGCAGCUAACUCGCCAGAAGACGACAAGAAAAGUGGCCCGAAGCUCAUGACGAGCCGCAAAUAACCGCUCGGCGUCGGAGGUAACUCUUUCGCCGUCCGUGGGAAUGCCGACUCGCUGUCUCGGGCUUGAAUUUGCCUGAUUUAAGUAAGCGAACAACCGAGGGACAGGCGGCGGCGGCGGCGGUAGUGCUUCCCGGCGGGCAACCCCCCACUCCAUCACCUUCCUCCACAUCCGUCGCCGGUCCACCAAAGGCUGCUGCGGCCAUGUCAGGCCGGAGUGGAGCUACUCUGGGCCCGCAGCCCCUCAAGGCGACCGUCCCCUAUCAGCUGGCCAGCAAGCACAGAGCCAAAGGCAGGGAUGGAAAGUCGGCUGGAAAAGCCAAAGCGCAGCAGCUGAGCCUCGGCAUGAGGCGGACCGUGUCUCUGGACGCCAUCAUCGGCCCGUACCUGCAAGGCCACUGGCCCAAAGAACCCGAGGGCAGCUUGUGCCGAAAGGACAAAUCCACUCAGACUCCCAACUGGUCGGACAAAACGUGGAGCCGGAGGGACAACAACGGCGGCGGCAUCAACCACAAACGCUCGGCAUCCUGGGGCAGCACGGAGCAUCUGCAGGAAAUCAGCAAACUAAAACAACAGCUGCAGCAGCAGCACAGCAAACCUGCCGUCUCGGGGGGCCACGAGCGAGACCGCCAGCGCAGCUCCACGCUCGGGAGCUGUAACCUGGGAAGCGCUCAGACUCAGCCCGUUGCCAUCCCGCUGGCCCCCCUGUCCACGCUGGUGCCUCGGCUGCGCUGCAGCGUCGAGGGCCUCAACCAAGAGCUGGAAGGCAUGUUCGUCUGUCAGCCGGGACAUCGGCAGCAUCAGCUUCUGGAGGUCCCAGACGGCCACCGCGCUCCCGUGCCGCCGCAGAGCUGCAGCAGCGGAUCUCAAAGCGACUCGACUUCGGCCACGCCCCCCUCGCCGUCUUCGGUCUCGUCCUCGCCGGGCUCCUCGGCCGACGACGACGCCCCUCCGGACAUGCGCAAAGGCUGGGAUCUCCUGUCCCCGAGCGAGGCCGACCCCUCCCUGGCUCCGCUCAACUCGUCCUCGCCCGGACCCAACAAGAGCUGCUGCUUCAAGAGAGAACCUCCCGAGGGCUGCGAAAAAGUCCGAGUCUGGGAGGAGACCGGCACUUCAAACCAGCCCAGGCCGGUGCCCGUCUCCUUCUGCCCGGAUCCCGACAAGGUAAACUUUACCCCCCAUGGGGGCUCGGCCUUCUGCCCCGUCCGCCUCCUUGAGCCGCUGUUGCCCUCCAUGGACGCGCUCUUCUGCAGCCUUUCCGUCGCCGGGCAGGGCGCCACUCGCAACCCCCUCGAUUCUUCCGCCGGCUACGCGCGCGCUGACCCCGUCUGAUCAAAGGUCACACUUUGCUCCGCUAGUGGUUGCUCUUGCUUUAUUUUUAGGAAAGCUUCCUUUUCCGUCUGGGUUUGAAAUGUUUAUUAAAAAAAAAACAUACUUUGGAAAGUAAUCAAUCCAAAGAGGACUUACUUUGUGUGUGUGUGUGUGUGAGUGAGAGACCGAUCCAAAGAUUUACUUUUGGCCAAACAUGAGUGCGAGAGGUGGGAUGGUCUCUUUGAAGACAUGUUGCUGCUUGACUCACACACACACACACACACACACACACACACACACACACUCCCUUUUCACAAAAGGUUAUUUAUCGGGGUCUCGCCAUCCUGUUUGUUUACCCUCCCAACCGCUAGCGUACAAAGCGUGACCAAUCGUUUGGGAUUCUUCUCAUUCACACUUUGAGGAUGGUUGCCGGCUGAAAAGAAACUCGCAAAGUAUGGCGCACGCAUUCCUGCUUUAAAAAGUUUGUCGUGAGGAGUGAGGGGAGGACGCGUGUUCACAUGUUGCUCAGUUGCAAAAAAAGGAAACGUUUCGAGAUGUAGUUGCCCACCUAACCAGUUUUAGUGGUGCCAUUGUCGUGUCCCUCUUUUCAAGGUGCCGUAGUUGUAGACACAUUUGCACAAUCCAAAUUGCUCCUUUUGCAAAUAAUUUUUUUUU